UUUCUAGAGUUGAGACCACAGAUAUUAGAAGGAAUGAAGCUGGCAAUUGAUCAUUGUCCAACUUGUAAUGUUUUGAAGUUGAAUGGACAUUCGAUUGGAGGUGCAAUGUUGGUCCAUGCUGCUAUUGACUUGAUUCCUAUGUAUAGGGAUAGAUUCCAGUUUGAGAUGUACACAUUUGGCUCACCAAAGGUUGGCAACUCACUCUUUGUCAAAUGGUUCACCAGUACGAUCGUGCCAAGCAUUAGACGACUGACCAACCGUCGUGAUCAAAUGGUACAUCUGCCAAAGGAUGCAGAGUUGGUACACAUACCAUCAGAGAUAUACUUUGGUGACAAGGAUGAGCCUUUGAACUAUCGCGAGUGUAAUGACUCAGAAGAGGAGGACCCCAAAUGUUCUGCGUCCGAGACUCACUUCCUUUCAAUGAUUGCCAACCUCUCAUUCUUUGGAUUCAACUCUACCUCAUGUACUAGGAUUGAACUUAUCUCUAGU